UCCAGCCUGCUCAACUUGUGCAGCUCCUCGCACAAAGAGGAAUCCUGCAACAAUCUUUCAUUCACCUUCUCUUAGUCCUUCAUCUUCUCACCCACACGAUAUACGUCCUCGUAUGAAGGGAGAAGGAAGGUGGCGGAUAGAGUUUCGUGAGUACAAUGGAAAUUCAAUCAGGAAAUGGAGAGGGGACUGCGAGCCCAGCGUCCUCAGCCAUCCACUCGCAACGCCAUCACGGGCCACAGGUAGAGACAUUAGAAGAUCCAGUUUUCAAAGAGGACCUGCAAGCUGCUAAGAGAAUUGAAAGGUUUGACAUCCCGCUUGACAGUCUCAAGAGGAUGUUUGAGAAGUCCACCGAAGUGACAAGCAUCCAUGCAUCACCAUCCAAACAAGCGACAUCCAGAUGUACUGUGCUGCACGAUCAACCACGAGAUAAGCCAAUGGCCUUUUGUCUGGAUGACAGUUUUUCUACAGAGCCCAUUCAGGGGAGUCGGGCUCCAGACGCCGAUGACCGUGAGAGCAGCGAGUCUGUGUCACUAAAAGAGCGUCUGGCCAUGUAUCAAGCUGCUGUGUCCCACAAAGAAAGUACCAGCUCCUCCUCUGCGGCGGUGAUGGAGGAGUCUGGGGCCUGCUCCCUGCCUGGUGGCCUGGCCAGUGUGAAGAAACAGUUUGAAAAUCAAGAAUUUGCCUCAUCCUCUUCCCAGUCCAGCAGCACUCAGGUCCAAUUUCAACAGAGAUCUGUGCAGGAGGUGUCCUGUUCUUCUGAGGUGACUAUGAGAAGUAGUGUCAGAGAACACGUCCCCUCGGCAAUCAUCUUUCAAAAUCAGCAAGAGGUAAUGCAUGAUGAGAGCGUACACCAUAACAAUGUGGUGGCAAGUCAUGGAAAACACAAUGAAACAGUUAAGCUUGUCGGAGGAGAGGACCUAGCAAAGGUUUCCACGCAGUCUUUGAAGCAGCAAUAUGAAAGAAACAUCGAGGAAGCCACACCCCCCAGUGAAAUAAAGGUCGAUAUGGAUUUUAACCAGUUUCAGUGGAUGCCAGUAAGCCAGGUGUCCAAAAAUUCAACCAUCACCAGUCACCAAAACAACUCCUCCGUGAAGACCACGGCUUCAUCUGCAGUGUCUUCAGCAAUGCAUGAAACAACAGAAUAUUUUCCUCCUCCUCCACCUAUGAAUUUGCUGGAGAUAACACAGGAAACCCCUGAAAGCAGCGCCCAGCUCGACAGGCAAGCAACCCAGAAUAAAAGCAAUGUUAACAAGGAACAGUACUUCAAACACAAAAGCAUGGCUGAACUAAAGCGCCUUUACAAGCAUAUUCAUCCAGAGGUGCGCAAGAAUCUGGAAGAAGACUACCAAAGUCAUCUUACCGAGUCAGAAAAUACUCAGGAAACGGUGGGGGAUGUUCAGCAAACAUGCUUUAUGUUUGAAAACGAAGGUUCAAGUGGGAGUACCAGUCCCGAUCGAGAAUCUGUGGAGUGGGAUGAGAUCCUCAGAGGUGAGGUGCAAUCCAGGCGCUGGAUGUUUGAAAACAAGCCAUUGGACACGAUAAAAGAUGACACCCCUGAUGAGAAUGAGGUUAAGAAUAUUGCGCAGCAGGAAAUUAUUGCUGGGAAGGACGUCAGAUACACAGCAUGGAUGUUUGAGACUCAGCCCAUGGAUGCCCUCGGGUCGGAGACAGUCGAUUUUUCAGAUCAGGCGCAAAAGGUGACCGAUCUUGCAAGAGGAGAUGUCCGUACCGCGACUUGGCUCUUUGAAACGCAGCCGCUGGACUAUCUGAAUAAGAUCUACCAAGAAGAUGAACUGGAUGCUGUUAGCACCAAAGACAUCACCGGAGGUGAUGUGAAAACCGCUCGGUAUCUCUUUGAGACACAGCACCUUGAUUCACUGGGCAAAACAGAAACCAUUGAGGAGAGCCAUUUCUUGAGUCUGAAGUCUGAGCUGGAGGAGGUGAAAGGGGAUGUGAAGACAACCACUCGCAUGUUUGAGACUCUCCCCAUGUGCGUCAUCAGGGGAGAUUCGGGAGAGAUGCUGGAGAUCACGACUAUUCGCAGGGAGGAGACCGAGAAAGGAGACGUGAAGACGUCACGUUGGAUGUUUGAAACCCAACCCCUUGAUACUAUCAACAAAGACCUUGCUAGUAUAAAGCUUAUCUGUGGCAUUUCCAUGGAGGACAACGUUAAAGUGGGAGUCAACAAAGGUAGAUGGCUUUUUGAGACAAAGUCUCUGGACACGAUCAACGAAGAAGAGUGGGAGGCCACCCGGAUGAAAAAGGAAGAAAUCCUUGGAGCUGACGUAAGGAAACACUGCCUAGUUUUUGAGACUCAGCCUAUGGAUACGUUGAAAGAUAACGCCAAUGCUCGAUCUUUACCCUCCGAGGAGAUAGUUGGAGGUGAUGUGCAAUCAGCAAAGCAUCUCUUUGAAACGGUGCCCAUGGAAGAUCUCAAGGAACUAAUCGAGGUGGGGAAACUUAGAAAAAUGGCAGCAACUCAAGAAGAAAAGGGCGACGUGAGGCAUCAAAAGUGGGUUUUUGAAAGCCAACCUCUGGCGAAUAUAAGAGAAGAGAAGAAAGAAAUGAUGAGAACUGUCAACAUUGAAGCGCUAGACAAAGGUGAUGUGACAAACUGUAAGGAGAAGUUUGAACGUAUGGAUUUGAGUAAAUGUGAAGGCGCACAGAAAAUUCAAGUUGAAGGUGUCACAAGUGGAUCUGUGAAAUGCAACCGGGUUCUUUUUGAAUCUACACCUUUGUAUGCCAUGCAAGACAGCUCCGGCCAUUACCAUGAGGUGAGGACCGUAAGACGAGAAGAGAUUGUCAAGGGAGACGUGCGUAGUUGUCGAUGGAUGUUUGAAACUCGGCCUAUUGAUGAGUUUGAUGAAAGUCUCCAAAAGUUUCAGCUCAUAAAAGGCAUAUCCAAACAAGAGAUUGAGUCCGGGGAUGUUAAGACAGCCAAGUGGCUGUUUGAAACGCAGCAACUUGAUGCCAUCAAGCAUGUUGAUAGCGAAGAAAAGGAGACGAAAGAAGAGACUGAAAUAGAAAGAGGAGAUGUGAAAACUUGCAGGUGGCUCUUUGAAACACAACCAAUUGAUGCCCUCUAUGAGAAAGUUGAAAAUAGCGAGGCAAAUGUUCAGGAAGUGCAGAGAGGUGAUGUCAAAACUUGCACUUGGCUCUUUGAAACCCAGAGUCUUGACAACAUACGUGACCAUACAGAGUCUGAGACCAUUUUAAAAACCUGCACUGUAAAACAGGACGAUAUCCAGGGAAAAGACGUGCGGCUGGCUCGUUUUCUUUUCGAGACCGAGAAUCUCGAGAACCUCACUGGUGAAGACAGUGAAUCUUUCAGAAGGGUCACCGAAAUCGACAUCCAGUCAGGGGACGUUUCCAGGAUGAAGUACAUUUUUGAGAAUCGCUCGUCAGACAUAAUGAGUUCUACUUCGAAGGAGACAAUGCAACUGUUGAAGACGCAGCAGGCUGAGGACAUCCAGAAGGGCAAUGUGGUCAAUUGUACCUGGAUGUUUGAGAACCACCCAAUUGAUACAAUCCACGACGAAUCCAAAGAAGAAAGAGAAAUUCGAACUGUCACUGACAUUCAAGGGGGUGACGUCAACAAAGGUCGUUUCACUUUUGAGACGUUCUCCCUGGAUCAAAUAAAAGACAGAUCCAGUGAGUCUGAUAUUUCGACGCUCACAAGUAUCUUUAGAAAUGAUAUAGAGAAGGGGGAUGUCAAAAACUAUACCAUGAUGUUCGAGACCCAACCUCUGUAUGCUAUCCGUGACAAAGAAGGCCAUUACCAUGAAGUCACGACAGUCACCAAGGAAGAGGUCAUGAGAGGAGACGUGGUGGGUGCCCGUUGGUUGUUUGAGACCAAGCCUCUAGAUUCGAUCAGAGACUCGGAGGAGGUAUAUGUUAUAAAAGCGGUUACUGAAGAGGGUAUCAACAAAGGAGAUGUUAGCUCUGCCAGAUGGAGGUUUGAAACACAACCUUUAGAUGAAAUUACGGAGGAAAUAAAAGUAAUGUCCAAAACAGUUGCAGACAUCCAGGGUGGUGAUGUGAGGACAAAUAAGCAGCGAUUUGAGACCGAUGAGAUGUCGCAAAAAUACAUCCGAACGGUCAGCGUGAGCGAAAUCCAAAAGGGAGAUGUCAGAUCGGCCACCUGGAUGUUUGAAACGCAUGCGAUUGACGAGAUUGGCGAAAAAGGAGCAGAAUAUGAUGGUUUGGAGAAAGUGACAAAGGAGGAAGUGAUGAAAGGGGAUGUCAAAGAGUCUGUGUGGCUCUUUGAGAAGCAGCCGCUCGACAGCAUCAAGCACACGGAUGACACUGAGCUUGUGAUUGAAAGGGAAGAAAUUCCACAGGGUGAUGUAAAGACAACGACGUGGCUCUUUGAAUCGACUCCUUUCAAUGAAUUCAAUGAGAUGAUUGUGGAAAAGAGAGACAUUGUGGGAAAAAGCGUUAAAGAGACACUUGAAGAACUUUACUCUCAGAAAAUGGUUGACUCUCAAGGCAUCCUCAUUGAGGCAGAUGAAAUUGGCGAUGUGCGAAUGGCAAAGUACAAACUGAUGAACCAGGAGACCCCCGAGAUACAAAAAGAAGAGAUUGUCCGCGGGGACCUGAGGAACAUAAUGUUCAACCUAUUGAAUCGCAGGGAGACCACCGAAAGGGGGAUAACGAUUGACGUGGAAGAGCGAGGCAACGUCAACACCACAGUUGAGCAACUGUUCAACCAAGAGAAAGGCAGCAAUGUUGAGAAAGAGGAAAUUCUCCAUGCGGACAUCCAGGAGGCCAUAAACAAUUUAUUCAGGAACGAGAGUUCUUCCAAACACGGCAUUCUAAUUCAAGAGGAUGAAAAGGGAGAUGUGAGGAUGACAAUAUAUUCCUUGUUGAAUAAAGAGGAAAAGGCAAGUAUGGAGAAAGAAGAUAUCAUUCAAGGGAACGUCAGCAAAACCCUUCACCGGCUCCUUUCCAACUCAGGGGCAGAAGAUGCAAAAAAGAUAAGGGUAGGUGAGAUAGAAAGGGGUAACGUCAGCUUUUACUCGACGUGCAUCGAGUCCGGUGCCUUGGACUACUUGAAGCAGCUUCAAUGUGAAGCAGAUGAAACGGAGCAAGCAGUAGAAAAGGAGUGCAUUAUUGGCGGCGAUAUUGAGGAAACCAAAAUCCUGCUCAGGAAGAACCAACAGGAGAUUGGCCGCACGGUGGCAAAAGAUGAUAUCGUUCCGGGUGAUGUGUGCAGCAUUGUUCAAGUCUUCAUGACGGAGCCCGCUGCGACUUACAGAAACCUGGAGAAACAGGACAUUGUGAAAGGAGACCUUAGUGCAGCCUUGGAUUCACUGAGUCAAGCCGUUCAUCAAAAACCGUCGGUAGAGAAAGAGGAGGUGUUAAAAGGAGACAUACCCACGACUCUAAGAUCUCUGGAGGAAGCUCAGCAUCAGCUAAAAGAAAUGGAAAAGCCAGAAAUAUUACGAGGAGACAUUAAAGGGGCUCUUGAGUCGCUUGAGAAGUCUGCAACUACAAAAUCGGAAAGCACCAUUGAAGAUUUAGUGCCAGGUGAUGUCAAAGGGACCCUCAAGUCCCUGGAGGAAGCCAAAUGUGCGGUCAAGGAAGUCGAACGAGAAGAGGUUGUCAAAGGUGACAUCCAAAAUGCCAUGCAAUCUUUACACGAGGCUUCCAGUGAAAAGAAGACAUAUCAGCAUCAAGUGAGUGAACAGGGGGAUAUUAAAGCAACCAUCCAGCUUCUCCUUGAGCCAACGGCCAGCCCAAGAAUGCAGCGCCGGGGGAGCAUCGACGGAGAUGUGAAAACAUCCAUAAAAUCACUCUAUGAGGGAGAGGAAACAACAAUGAUCGAAAAAGAGGAAGUGGUGAAAGGGGACGUUCAAGGGGCGAUAAAGUGCCUGAUGCAAAGAAAACAGUAUUCAAAGCCAAAGCGCGGGCACUCAAAAGCAAAGGCUCCCCAGAAAAAUCCACUAACUACCGGUAUAAAUCAAGUGACACACGAGCGCUUACUUGAAGAAAAUCGAAAGAGCAUAACAGGCAGUUCAGACGUUGCUGUAAAAAACCUCUCUCAAAGGUGUGAGUCACAAAAGCACAAUGAAAACAAGCUCCUGAAAACACAGGUAAUUACCAAUGAGGCCUUUGUGACUGCAUCCAAAGCAGACAAUACUGCUGGGGCCUUUCAACAAAAGAACAUAAAAGAAGAAAAGACCAAACUGCUGCCCCAACAGAAAACACAAUCCGCCAAGGCCGUUAUGACAAAGACUAAACAAACAUCUAAUUAUGAGCACACAAAUGCUAAAACAGCUGACGCGAUUACAAUUAAAGAGGAACGCAACUCAUUACAGACAAACGUUUCAAACAAGCAAAUAACCAAAACGAAGACGGUUCAACAGUCCAACAUCGUGCACCAAACGGUUUCUCAUCAACAAAAUGUCAUCAUAACCGAGCACGCAACUCAAAAGCAAACAGAGAACCAGGCUUUGGCACAAAUGAAAAGCUUCAAAAACAUGAAGAGUGCCUCUAAUAAUCUGGACAUGGUGACGCGAGGCUUGCCUAAAAAGGGUAAGCCGGAAAUUCAUUUCCCGCCACCUCCCUCAUCACCACCUCCUCGUUCUGAGUCUGAGCUUUCCCUCCCGCCACCUCCAUCUCCCGUUCUGGAAAGCCCAGCAUCCGGCUUGUCCCGAGCUGCCGCCGCAACCCAGGAAAGUGACCUUCCACCACCGCCGCCGCCACCUCCUGUUGAAAGUGGAAAAUCUGGCCCGGAAUUCUUUCCACCUCCUCCUCCAACCUCGUGCUCUGGUCAAGAUUUUCUUCCUCCCCCACCUUCGCAAGAAGAACUUAAUGCAAUGCCUUUGCCUCCUGCUGCAAAUCCAGGGAAGCCUGUAGGUAAACCUUUGUUUAAAGUGCCCAAACAACCAGAGGCACAAAGGCCUCUGCCUGUUAAACCAAAAUGGCAAAGAAACAUUCAGAAUCCAUUGCAACGUCCCACUCAGCUUCACCUUCAACAAGAAAAACCUACAACAGCACCUCUCGGAGAGGUCAAAGUUCAGGAAAGUGUGACAGUAGUAAGACAGCAGGAUGCACAUAAACAUGUUGAGACAGACAAAAAAAUACCCAACCUCCCAUCUGCAAAACUGAUUCAAAACCCAAGCCCACAGCCACCCAAAAAAGUAUAUCCUCCACCCAUGAAGUUGCCACCGCCCCCUGAACCAGUUGCUGCGCCAAAGCCGAGGCCAUACGCUAGCAAGUUUAAAACCCCCCUCAUGCUCGCAGAAGAAAAAUUCCGUCAGCAGAGAAUGGAAAAUGAGGACACGGGGACAAGCACAGUCACAACUCCCAUCUCUCCUCCAGUGAACAUACAAACCCCUGCCAAUGUUGACACUCUGCAGUUUUCCACAUUAAGUGGGACUGAAAAAGUAGAGACUACAGAAGCACCCAAAGCAAAAGUACAAGUUCCCAAAGAAGAAACUUCAGUGCAACAAACAACUACCAAGAAAAUCCCAUCUCAGACUCCUCUGGGCAAGCCCUUGAUCUCUGUUGCAAAUAAGAAAGUAGCCCCAGUUUAUUCCAAAACGUCUUUAGACAACCAACAAUUUUCUAGUAAGAACUCUGAAAAAUUACUUUCCUCAAAAGUCAGCAUGACAAAUCAAGCUGCACCCGUACUCAAGACUCAACCUGAACACAAAACCUCAAAUGUCCAGUCAUGCGUUAAUGUCACCUCUUCAGUCAGUGAGCAGCAGCAGGUCAUUAAGAAGUCCACAGCCGCUAUUAUUGAUGUCACACACAAUGGUCUAUCUCAAGAAAAUACACAUGUCCAAGGGCAGACCGCAGUAACGGUGCAAGCUGAAGAUGUGAAAAAUGCCAAUGAGAUUGUGACAAAAGAAGGAAAAAUGCCUCCUUCUCAACCCACAAAAAUCCCCAAGGUAAUGCCAAGUUUCAAGGUGAGAACCUUUAAGAUGCCUGCUGAGAAAAAAGAUGACAAAUGUGACACUUCGGGACAAAUUCAUGCAAUGAAAAGCGAAACGCUCUUACAGCAGCAGGCAAGCAAUGUGUCACAGAGGAGGGAAACAAAAUCGACCCAGGAAAGCACCCAUGUGACAUCAUCAAUGACAGAAUUUCAAACAAAAGACAACAGAAAUUUGGGGCCAACUAAGGAAGAAAGUUACAUGAAAUCCGUGCAAGGAAAUAAAGCCAAAGAACCAAAGCCACUUGAAGUCACUGUUUUGAUGCCCGAGAAGUCUAAGACAACAUCCGUCUCCCAAGUUCAGCAGAGUACGAGGACGCAGCAAGUCCAAAGACAGCAGGAGACGGUUAUGACAGAGAGGGUGGUCCAGCAUAGCAGUCAGAGGCAAGAAGCUGUUCAGCAAGAGCAAAUCAAACAAGAAGCUCCAGAAAUAAUAAAAACACAGACAACAGCGGCAAAGUCUAAGAGUGACACAUCGGUGAAAAUGACUCGUGUGGACCAGGUCCGUUCAGAAGAAAUGCCACAAGUGGAGAAAUGUCACAUCUUGCAGAAUCUCUUCACUCAAAUGAAAGAAUUUGAGGGCACACCAAGUAAGAUUGAACCCACCGUUGUCGGCAUGAUUAUAAGUGACCUCCCUGACUGGCUGGUGGGAUCAGCGCAAAGAAAGAAUUUAAGUGGAAUUGCUAAACAGUCAGGUAAGAAAAAGUUGAAAGAAAUGAUAGCCUUUUUGAAGAAUAUUAUCCAAGUUAAGCUCACAAAUCUAGAGGAGAUACUGACAUCUGUGGAAAUGAAAGCAAAAGAGUUGCCUCCCCCGCCACCCCCAGUGCCUCCAAAACCAGACCAGAAGGUCAUAAGUGGCAUGACGACAAAGUUAUCAAAAAUCAGCAUUGGUUCGUCCAAAACUGAAAAGAAAGGACCACAAGAAAAAAAGUCCCUGCAGGAGAGCAAAGUGCAACAGGAACUGAGUGAGGCAGCAGAUCAGAGAGUCCACUCCCCAUUGGCCAGCAUCCGCACCCCCUCCCCUACCUUCAUUAGCAUCGAAUCCAGAAGGAUAGAGUCACCGCUCAGAGGCACCCCGUCACCGCCGCCUUACAAGUCUGUCGGGACGCCUCCCUCUCCAGCUCGAAAGCGGUACACCACCACAUCAACCUUCCGGGCCACACCAUCUCCCACCAUGAGCCGCUCUGAGAAGAUGAUGAAAUUGAAAGACACUACCUCAAAGGAUUCUUGCACCACUACCCCUCCACCUACCAUGGCCUCAGCAGAGUUGUUUGUGGAUUGCGUAGGGCGAUCGUCUCCGUGUCUCAGCCAGCCGGCACCGAUAAAUGUGGCAGAACUGGGCGACUCCAUGAUGACAGUCAAAGACAAAAAAUGUUUCUUUGAGGAGGCCCGGAAAGCAGAAGUAAGCAAGUCGUGCCUUCGGAAGGAUCCGAUCGAUAUCCCUGAACGUCUCGAAGCUGAUACGGAGGAGAGUGCUCAGGUUUUGACUGCAGAUGUUCUGAAAGAGGACCUGCCAAAAGUGGACAUGUCGAAGCUGGUCAAUAAAUUUGAGUCUCCAAAAGCAUCAGUCUACUCCAGGAAAGAGCCAAUAGUGAUUGCAGAGAGGCUGGGCAGUGACACUGAAGAAGCAGAGACCGACCAACGCGCCCUACGAACAGAAGAAGUGGCAACAUUCAACGUCAAAGCGAUAAAAAACGUUUUUGAAAGUGGUGAGCACAGUUCUCAAGCGGCUCGAGAUCUACGAGAACAAAUUGAAAAAAGAGAACCAGACUUUUCCCACUCCAAGCCAGUGGAUCAAUCUGAAACAUCCUCACGCUUCUGUAGCAUCGAUGACUUUGGGAACAUGAUGAGGAGCGAGGUGCAUUCUGAGAGCUCGGGGAGCUCAGUGACCCGAGGCAACCCUCCAUCCUACGCUGAUGUCGUGAGAGGCAGAGUUGUAACACUUGCUGUGCCCUCCGAUGCUUCUGCUGAGGAGAUACUGCGAAACAUGCAACAUUCUUGGGCUGAGAGCCAAGGAGGCUUCCAGAAUGUGGGCUUCAGCGUCACGGAGCAGAGGAGUUCGCAGACUGUCACACAUCAGCAGGAGACUGUUGUGAUGGAAGAUUCAAGUUCCAGAUUCCGAACUGUGCAGGGUGUGUCUGAAGAGGGUGUACCCCAUGGAAGCUCUGAUUGCAGACAAGCAAAACUUCCAUAAAACCUGUUUUCGUUGUGACCACUGUAGAGGCAAACUAAGUCUUGGCAACUACGCAUCUCUCCAUGGACGAAUGUAUUGCACGCCACACUACAAGCAACUUUUUAAGGCCAAGGGAAAUUAUGACGAAGGAUUUGGACAGAAAC